AUGGAACCCUCAGUCGAGACACCUGCACAUGGCCACGACGACGUGGUGCCCCAGACACAGGCCGAGCUGCUCAAUGCGCUUCUGGCCGAGGCGCUGGCCACGCAAGGGGUUGGGCCUUCGAUGAGACCGGAGACCACAGGUAGCACAGGGACCACGACACGGACCGAAACCACUCAGACUCCAGAGGUGUCGGAGCCUCAGAAACCAAAAACCCCGAAAAUACCAAAACCGGCAGAACCCAAAAUCCGCUGCGAAGCUACCAAGCCGAAGAAAUCGCAAGGAAACAAAGCACGAAAACAACAGUCACCAGGCCUCACGCCGAUGGUCGACGUCGACGACACGUCGGAGGCCUAUGAAGAGACGGCAGCAGAGAUAUUAGUCAGAGUCAUGGGUGCCUCCAACCCUCGUAUGCCCAGCCAAGAAUCAGACCUUUCGAGGGCAUCCAAGCCAUCCAAGCCAUCCAAACCGUCUAAGCAAUCCAAACCGUCUGAUCCUGACGUCCAGCAAGCCAAGCCGCGCCGACGGCAUCAAAAGCAACAGCAACAGCGGCAGCAACAGCAACAGCAACAGCAACAGCAACAACAACAACAACAACAACCGGAUAUUCUGUCCCAGCCUCGAAGCCUGCACAUCAACAUAGACGUCGACGUCCAAGUCACGGAUGCAUCUGGGAGUCCACAGCCUCGUCCACAGGACCGUCCCCAGACCCAGCCUCAGAUCCAGUCUCAAACCCAGCCACGGUCGUGUGCCCGUCCUCAGGCCCAUCCUCCGAGCCGGACGCAUGCUCGGCCGCAGAUUGACAACGGCGGGUCCGAAAAUGCACCCGUCCAAGCCGCCACCCAGUCCGCCACCCGUGAACCCGCCCGACCCCGCCGCGACUGUGCCUUCUGCCAGGGCCACGGGCGCAUUGGCGGCGUGUGGCGUGCGGCGACCGUGGUGUGCCUGGACUGCUCGGACCCGCAGGACGAGUGCUACUACUGCAGCGGGUUUGGUGUUCUGAACGUCUGGCACCGAGUCGGUGGGCCGCAUGUGUGCCAUUGUGACGGCUCCUUUAGCGGCGACUAUUUCGGGCGGCCGACAGUCUAA